AUGGUGCCGCCGAUUCAUCCGCCUCCGUGGAUUAGACGGGAGAUCGAAGCGAAUGUGCUGCAUCCACACACCACCCAAAUUUCCUUAAAGUCACCGCCAUUAAAUUCCGAGAUCUAUCUCUUUGCAGAGUUCGCCGGCGGUGGAGAGCUUAUCACCAAAAUUCAAGAUGGAGCUGUUGACAACGACAACAACAACAAGGACGUGUUUACAGCUGUUGACCAAGCUGAGAUUACAAAAGAUGUUUGCUUGAUGUAUGAUUUUGUGAAUCAGCAUUUACAGGAGGCCACAAGGGUUUCCGACCUAAGCUUGGAGGAAGAUGAUGUUCUGAAGCUAGUAAGUGAAAAGAGUGAGAACAGAGUUGUAAGGAAUAUAAAGGCUUCAAUGAAAUGCAGUGAUAGAGAAGUUUCCAAGCCUGCAACCGAGAGCUUCUCUUUCAGAAUUCCUCCAUCAGAAAACAUUGAAUCUCAAGGAAGGUCGGAUCUUCCGGGAAUAGAUGUGUUGGUCUCAGCUGCAAAGAGAAAGAGCCGCCUCUGGUCACAGCCAACUGUCAGAUUGAUGUUAAGAUAG